AUGGGAUUGUUGGCUAAUAAUUGGUAUUCAGUGUUAGUUAAUGGUCAACCUCAUGGCUUCUUUCAUUCAACUAGGGGUGUCAAGCAGGGUGACCCUUUGUCACCUGCUUUGUUCAUUUUAUUAGCAGAGGUUCUGAAAAGAGCUUUGAAUUCUUUGUUUGAAAUCACUGAGUUUAAAGGUUAUAGGAUGCCAAAAUGGAGUGCCAAUGUUAACCACUUGGCAUAUGCAGAUGACACCAUAAUCUUUGCCUCAACAGACAAUGAUUCACUAAACUUGAUCAUGAAGGUGUUACAGGAUUAUGAGAAGGUGUCUGGUCAGCUGAUUAACAAAAGGAAAAGUUCCUUUUACAUGUUUUCUAAAGUUUCACAGAAUAUUGUACAAGGGGUGGCACCAACUACAGGAUUUUCAAGAGGUUCAUUUCCUUUUGUGUACUUAGGUUGCCCAAUUUCUCAUGCUAGGAAGAGGAAAACAGAUUAUUCUGGACUGAUUAAAAAAGUGAAGGAUAAACUGCAAGCUUGGAAAGGGAGGUUGCUAUCACCUAGAGGAAAGGCUGUGCUAAUAUCAAGUAGUAAUAAGGAAGAUGUCAAAUCUAGGCAUUGGGCUGCAUGGCUUAAUAUGUGUUUUCCUAAGGAGGAGGGUGGUUUGGGCUUCAGAUCCUUGUUUGAUGUGUCAAAGGCAUUAUGUGCUAAAUUAUGGUGGAAUUUUAGAACCUCAAACUCACUAUGGGCCAAUUACCUAUGGAACAAAUACUGCAAGAAGCAAUAUCCUCAGUAUGUCCAAUGGAAGGGAGGUACACAGGUUUGGAAGAUGAUGUUAGAAGCAAGAGAUAGUAUAGAACAGGAAAUAUGGUGGGAAACUAAGAGUGGAACUGCAAAUGUCUGGUUUGACAACUGGACAAGACUAGGAGCCUUGUACUAUACAUUGCCUGAUCAAGACAUAGAUGAAAGUGUGGAAGAUGUAUCUGUACUACUAGAUGGAAAUGAUUGGAAUGUCCAUAAGCUAUAA